GAUGCUUCCCCAGAAGGCGUCCUUUCUUGUUUUGAUUUUUUUGAAAAGCCGAGGUCAAGACGCGUGCAGUCGCCCGCACCACUCAUUGGACACCUCCAAACAACCUUGACAACGCCAUCGUCAUCAUAGCCCACAGCAGGAAAUAAAUUAUUAGGGCAACCAACAGCGGCAUGCGUGAUGUCAUUCAACGAAGUGUUCGAAGACACAUGUGAGUCCUACGGCGUUGACAGCCGUCUGCUGUACAACGAUAUCGAGCAGCAGGCCAACAAGCGCUUCCGCUACAGCCGACAGCUCGUCAGCUGGAGUCGAGUCCUCGCCGUGACCGCCGUCGCCGCCGCCGGGGUGGCUGGUUUGGCUGCCUACUACCAACGAGCGCAGAUACAUCGCGUCUGGCGACUCCGCCAUCCACAUCGGGUGCGUCAGCUGUCGCUGCUCACGCUGGCCAGCGGUGGGGUCAGCGUGGGGACGCUUUUGUUUCUCAUCAGCCCGGCAGGGUUCAUGCGCCUGCACGACAAGGCGGUGACCCGGACGAAGCAGCUCGACGCGAUCGCCGUCGCUGCCCUCGUGCAGGAGCAGAACUUCUGCACCCUGGCCGCGUGGGGGCGAGCAGCGGCAGCGGCGACGUGCAAGACACAAAGCUGCCGGACGAGCUCGCCGCGCCACCGGCAGGACCCGCAAAGGGCGGAGAGGCCCAUCGAUGGGCCGUUCGGCACUGCCGCGCCGUGGGUGUGGAGAGAAGUUGUCGUGGACCCGACGCAGCUCCUGUCAGAGCGCGAGGCAGCCAGCAAGCACGCGGCAAAAGUCGCUCGUGAGGAUGUAGUUCAGACGUUCGAGAACACGCAAACGGAGGCAGAGAGGCGGACGAAAAGGAAGGAGGCGAGCAGCAGCAGCAGCAGCGACGCCGUUCGUGACGGGGUGGACGAAGCGAAGAAGGCAUUGGCUGCAGAGCUGCUCGUCACUCGGUCGUCAUCGUCGUCGCCGUGCACCACCGCCGCGGAGAACGCGCAGGCCGAGAAGGGCGCUGAAGGGUCUGACCUGCCGGCGCGGCGGCGUGUGUGGACACGCACGACCGACACGGCAGAACUGCAGACCAUCUUGGCGGCCACGGUGGACAUGUGGGAGUCGCUCGUGAAGGCAAAGGCGGAAACCGUCGCGGAGGUGUUUUAA